UCUUGGAAGGCGGGAGAGUGAUGAUCAGAAAGCCCUCUACAUGGUAAUGUGAUGUCAUCAAAAGGGGAAACAGAGGCCGACUCCGGCACCGUGUCACCGAAUUUAUCUGCAGUCAAAAAUGAACCGGUGGCCACGAAUAGCAAAGAAACUCCAAAAAGGGGUGGUACAUUGCUAAAAUGUACCACAUGCAAUACCUUUAGUACUUUAAGUAGUCGAGCAUUAACCACCCACAUGGCCCAAUGUUCCCCUGACAACAACAAUGUGGCAGCUGCACAAAAUGCCGAUCCCCGACCUCACAGAAAGCUGUUUGAAUGCGACGUGUGUAACAUGAAGUUUUCAAAUGGCGCCAACAUGCGCCGACAUAAAAUGCGGCAUACUGGAGUAAAGCCGUACGAAUGCCGCGUUUGUCAAAAGAGAUUCUUCAGAAAAGAUCACUUAGCAGAACAUUUCACAACUCACACCAAGAGCUUGCCGUAUCAUUGCCCAAUCUGCAACAGAGGAUUCCAGCGCCAAAUUGCCAUGCGCGCGCAUUUCCAAAACGAACACGUUGGACAGCAUGACCUCGUUAAAACUUGCCCCUUGUGUAGUUAUCGCGCUCCCACCAUGAAAAGCCUCAGGGUUCAUUUCUUCAACAGACAUGGUAUCGAUUUGGACAACCCUGGUCCAGGCAACAACUCUUCAGUAUCGCUCCUUGCUGCGGGAAUUGCCAACGCCGCGUACUCUGAUGGUACAAUGGACCCCAGUGCCAUCAAUGCCCUUGGUGCAUUAGGUUCCAGUCUGUCUGUGUCCGUGGCCGCUACUUACUCCGACAGCGGCGACAGCAAUGGCGCCCGUUCCGUCGACAAUGCUACACCACCAAUGCAUUAUUUGACCCCACAUGUUGAGAUUUCAAUGGCCGACAAUAACGAAACUUUUUCUCCUGGUCAAAACCAUUUAGGCAACUCAGAGUCCCGCAUGAACGGCGAAGGCCCCAGCUCACCACAAUCUGGAGACAGCGCCAUCGCUAGCAGCUCCCUGUCAGCUGGACUACCUACCAAUAUUACUCCGUCCAUCACUCUGAUACCUAUCAAACAGGAACCCAACACUCAAGAGGAAUCGGGCAAUAACGAAAUGCGGGAAGGCGAGACUAAUGGGGGCGAUAAACGCGGUGUUUCCUCGAGUCUGUCAUCUCUGAUCAAGGUGUCACCGCUAAAAAGUUUAUUAAGAGAAGAUUUGCGCCGGCGCAUCUCUGCUCGUGGACGCGCUCGGGGCUCUAGCGCCUCCCGUGCUUCGCCGUCAGAAGGCGGAGUGAUCACAUCGACUCACGGCGACGCUGCCAUGCUGCCUUCGUCACUCGUAUGUACGUUUUGCUCUAUAACCUUCCCGGACUCCACACUGUACUUCCUUCACAAGGGCUGCCACUGCGACUCCAACCCGUGGAAAUGCAACAUUUGCGGCGAGCAGUGCUGCAAUGUUUACGAGUUCAACUCCCACCUGCUGAGCAAGAGCCAUCAAUGACUGUUUGCAGGGGGGCCGUUCGAUCACUGACUUUUGGUUUGAUGAUGCACUUUUCGUAUGCUAUGUGUGCAUAGUCCGUAAGCACUUCGAAGAUACUUCACCUUAUUUACUUUUAUGGUUCUUAGAUACAAUUGAUUGUUUCUCUCGCCUUAUUUCGUGCGUUACUACAUUCCUAAUUCAUGCAGGCACUGUAUGUUGAAGUGCUUCGAAUAUGCUAUAUGCUGAACGUCCCCCCGAAGCUAUUUUUUAUUUUUAAAGUGCAAAUUAUGUCAAGGUAUAUUUAGUGGUUAAAGUAGUUAAAUGUGCGAAGAUAUUUAUAUGGAUAUUUUAGUACUUAAAUAAAAGGGAUAUGAGAUGGUUAUUUAAAAAUUAAAUAAAUACGAGGUCAUGUCUAAUAAAUUUGAUUUAUAAUAAGACUUAUUAAAUAAGUUCAGUGGUAAUUUGUAAUUACUGACAUUCCAAAUUAUGACGUAUACAUUCCAGUUUGUGAGAUUGUUGGAAAUUAUUCAUUCUUUGGUGGGGAAUAGUAACUACAUACUCAAAUUAUCUUUUAAAUAUUUUAUAUUUAUUUUUGUCUUGAAGUACUUAACUGUACAUUACCGUGAUUAAAAACAAUUUUAGAGUAUUUUGGUGCGAUAGUGAAUUUUACAAAUGUUUAUUAAAAUAAAACUUAUGGUGAAGAGUGUACAAAUUAAUAUAUAUUUUUACAUUUCGCUGUUGAGAAGUUAUAGAAAGGCAAAGCCUAUGAUAAUCCGUGAUGGUUUAAUUAUUGUGAUUGUGUACAGACAGGAAUUAUAAAUUCGACAUUCCGUUUUUAUUUAUUUUUCCUUUUAUAAAAUGCAUGUGAUGCAAGUCCACGACUAAUACUUAAUGUACAAGUUAAAUUAUUUUGUUGUUAUUAUUUAUUUUUUCUAAAAUACAUAUUAUACAUUCUUAGAAUUAUAAAUUUCUUUAUGUACUUAAAAAGUCAAUCUACUAUAUUGUAGUCAAAAAGCACUUUCUGUUUCGAGUUUUAUUUGGAAAAAAGUAAGUAGGAAAGUUAUUUAAAAAUGUUGUAAAUUGAAUACAGCAUGUAACAAGUGGCUAUACUUAGCACACCUUGCUCAAUGAAGCUCAAGCACGGAGCAUGAUGAGUGUUGUACUCGCACAAAAGCAUAAUAACAUUAGUUCACAGACAUUACAUAGGUGAUAUACUCCACAGAAAGUUGCAAGUGCUUUUAUUGGUGCCUGUUUAAUAUAGAUUCGUUAUUUAUUAUUAUAUCAAAUUUCAUGCAGGCAGAUUGGUUAAUCGUGGUUGAGUUUUAAGCUCCUUAUUUAUGGAUUAAUUAAAAUAAGUAAAUAAUUUAUUUUAAGAAAAAUGCUCAACUUUGUGGUAAACGAUUUUAUCAACAUUUUUUGUAGCAAUCAAUACAAAAUUAUCUUUUUAACUUUUACCUAUUGAAAUACUUGUUCGUAAUCAGGAUAACGAUUUUAAUCUAUAAAAUAUUUUAGACUAUCCACACUAACGCAAUUAGGAAGAUAGGCGUCGUAUUUUGUUUCAUAUAAUGUAGAUGUUAUUAUCUUAUUUUUAGGUACUUACCUUGUACAACGUAUUCAUAUUUCAUAACAUCGGUGAAUCCGUUCCAUUCUUUGUUUUAACCUGAGAUUUACAUUCCUUUAGCUAUUAAGUACUUAAUAUCGGUUGUGGUCUUGCCUGAUAAGUUUACUAAAUUGACUUAGAUGGAACUGAAAUUAUGUUUACCAACGAAGUUUAUUUUGUUUUGUUAUUGCAUUGGUACUAGGUUAGCAGUCGGCGCACGCGGUAGUCCGUCCGUGAGUUGCAUGGACAUAGUGAGUUACCUGAAAUGAGCAACACAUAUUUAUUUAUAGAGAUUCUUAUAUUAUGCUGUUUCAAUUGUUGGUUAUGUAGAACUUGAAUGUUAUAUUAUAUAUAUUUUGGUCCCGUCGCGCCGCAAUUUAGUGUUAAUACAAGUGUAGGUUAGUCUAUAAGAGCUAUUAAUAUUAUUAAUCGGUAACCCCCGUUGGGCGCCUUUACUUAAUCCGUCCAUAUCUAAUGAUAGAUAUUGCCUUUAAUAUUUAAUAGAGUAAUAUAUUUUAUAGAUUCUAGGUGUAAUUAAGAACAGAUCUUAAAUAUAAAAUGUUUUCAGAAUGCAGAGGUUUAAAGAUGUAGUUGUAUUUAUUUAACUUCUAUCUAUUACAUGGAUGUUUGCAUUGCUAAAAAAUCAUAAUAGAACCCACGGAAUUCAAUUGCAUGUUGUGGCGUUCUUAAUUGAUUUAUUUGCAAUGCAGCAAUAACAUUGUUGAUUGUUGCGGUUUGAAGUAAAUAUUUUAUUUUUUGUGUGGUAGUAAUACAAAUUGUAAACUUAAAAGUAUUUGAAGUUGUUUUAGAAUAUUGUUGAAUUAAAAUUAUAUCAUCAAUCGUGUAGAUACAAACAGUAUUUUUAAAAGUAACAUUUUGGGAACUUUUUCCUAAUGAAACAUUAUCAUUCAUUGAAAAAAAAAUUGUUUCCUACUUUGAAACUAAAGCAGCGUGACUUAGAAUAACGACUUUGACUAGAUUUGGUUGUAUCUUAAACGAACACUAUAAUAUACACCAUUUAAUAUGUAAUAAUAAAAGCAGAAUAUUUAGUGUAGCGAUCCUCACCUUAAUACCAAAACACAGCUUACCAACAUUAUAAUUUUAUUUUAAGUUGUUAUGUAUGUAAUAUAAGAUAGAAAAAUUAACAUGGUUGAAAGCAAUUAGUAACUGUAAGCAGAUUGAAUUUUGUCGUUGAUAUUUUUCUGUUACUUUAUGAUAUCAAUAUUAAGAGAAAUAAUAUCAAACUGUACUAAUAAUAUAAAAUAGGGUUACUACUUACGAGAAACCAGUUUGGAAUCAUGAGUGAUAGUUACUAUAUCAAAUUGUAGCAGAUUGUGCCUUAGAUCAAUAGUUUAAUAUUGAUUAUAAUAUUAUCAUUAUAUAAAUAUUGUCAGACUUUAUUUAAAAGUGUGCAUUUUAAACAUUGACAGUUAUUUAUAAAUAUACACCUAUUAGAAUCUGGGAAAUCGAAUCAAAUGUUAUUUAUUUACAUAUGUAUAGAAGAAUACAUUUAUAUACAUCUAAUGUGGCUGUUAUGCUUGUUUUCUUAGAAAAGUUUAUUUGCAGUUGAUAAAAAAUUGCUCUUGUCGUCUUUGUGUGACGAUUAAGGGCUUUAAACAAAUGGUACUUACUACCGAAUAUGUUAUAUUAUCUAUUUAUUUACUUUAUAAUAAUUUGGUAAAGGGUCUAAUGAAAUAUUAAUAAACUAUGACAUA